CGCAGCAUGGUCACACUGAUUGCAUUUUAAGGGGGAGGGGGCGUUAACUUGCGAAUUAAUGACUGCAACUAACUUAGACGCCCACCGAAGGCCCCAAAAUGGACUCUACUGCCACUCGCACGCUGCCUUUUGUGUACAAGUACAAGAAUCAUGAAGGGAAGGACUGCGAGUCCCGGCUGGACAUCACGUUUCCCUUCGACCAGGAGAACUUGGAGGAGUGUGUUACCCAGUUGAUGGCUCCAUCCCAGAUGGAUCCCAUGAUGAGGUAUUUGGACGAGAAUAUCAAUCUGGAAAAGGAGCUUCAGCAGUUUGUGGACACGGAGCAGCAAAAGUUCUUGGAUGACCAAGCGGAAAAGCUUCUCAAUCAGUUGGCCAACGAUGAGCUGGACAUCGAGGUUAUUGUGCGUGACACGGAGCGGUUGUAUAAGGAUGAAUUGCUGCAGUUUGCCGAUCGUGUGGGACCCAGCGACGCGGAUAUCUUCGCACAGAGUUUCCAUAGGCUGGUGCACUCGUCCUCGCUGGAGGAGAUCCUUAAGCGGGAGAGAACUUACGCCAAGAUCGUGUCCGACAUGACCGAGCACAUGGACAGCGAGGUGGAGACGCUUAACAACUCGCAACAGCAGGAGAUGGACAGCCAGAUCAACCAGUUGGAUAUCACCACCACCUCGGAGGAUAUCAACAAUCUUCUGGCCCAACAGUACACCACGCAGAAUUUCGUGCGCAAGCGCUACGAAUCGGAGCUGGAGGCCAUGAUGGGUCAUCAGAAAAAUGAGUAUAGGGAUUGGAUAACCAGCCAAGUCAGCCAGAUGUUCCAGGUAUCGCCGGUAGCCACGCCGCUAGGCAAUCGCUCCUCGAUGUUUGUCUCGCAACAGCCUUCGAUGGAGGAGAGCUUCACCAUUCAUUUGGGCUCCCAACUGAAGCAUAUGCACAACAUCCGCAUCCUUAGUGCAAAUGUCACGGAGCUCUGUAGCCCACUGCACGCCGAGGAGAGUCUCAAUGGCUUGAACAUGGCUUUGGGAUUGUAUUCAAGCUCCCUUAGCGGCGUCGUUGUGUUGACCCCAUCGAUUCAGGCGCAAGCCAACAAGAGUAUCAUUAAGAACGCAAACAAAUCCACCGAGUUCCACUUUGAACAGAUCGAUGUUCAGCUGGAGAAGAUCGAGAAGCAGAUCAAGAACCUAAGCCCUGCAGACUCGAGUGGCAGCAGCAACAGUAACAGCAGUGCCGAGGGCAGCGCCACACCUUCGCCGACCAAAAAGAGCGUGCCCAGGCUGAAAACGGGAGACUUCUUCAUCACCAAGCACUCGAAUCUCUCGCAAACGCAUGUCAUUUUCCACCUGAUUUCAGACGAACCCAUCAACAGUCCGAGUGAGAUUAACUCAAGACAUCCGGUCAUCUUGGGAUUAAGAAACAUACUGAAAACAGCCAGUAGACAUGAUAUUACCACGCUGACCAUUCCGGCUCUGCUGCGUCAUGAGAUGAGCGAGGACAUGACUGUCCAGUGGUGCAUACGUAGAGCUGAGCUUGUUUUCAAAUGCGCCAAGGGAUUUAUGAUAGAAUCCGCAUCUUGGGGAGGCGCAGAGUUAAGCACCUUGCAACUGCUACUGCCCGAUGACAUAUCAGAGAGCCUGUUCACCACGCUGGCGGGAAUGGUGCCCAGUGUGUUCCACGUGGCCAAUCCCAAGAUACUUGUGGACACCAGCAAGUAGAC